AUGCUCGCUCGUUCAGUGCUACUGAGUCCCUCAGAACGCUCUACGCUCUUCGCCCAUAUCCUUCGCCUCGCACUAGCAAACGGGGCUCUUCUCUGCGCUGGUGCACAACGGCCGUCCGCGCCGUCGGGUUCGGUACAACAAGAGGCUUCCAGUUCGCCCAAACUCGCGGCAGGCGCUAUAAUAGGGAUCGGCAUCGGCAUCGCCGUAUUUCUUACCGUCGUUGCUACGCUCGUCUUCCUGGUUGUUCGUCGGCGCCGGCGUAAGAGCAGAGACUAUGCAAUGAUGCCCGAGUCGUCCGGACGUGGACGGACGAACCAUAUGCACGGUACUCGUCACUCGCAGUCUCCCGUCGCAAGUGCGACCGGAGGCUUGGCCGCCAUACGUCCUGUGCUUCUGUUGGGAUCCAGCAUUACCGGGGUCCCGCGGUAG